AUGGCUGGUCCCGUGCGCCAACCAAUUGACAUUCCCGCCCUGGAGCGGUACAUUGAGCAGCAUGUGCCCAUCAUCAAGACGCCGCUGGACGUGAAACAGUUCGGUUUCGGCCAGUCGAAUCCUACGUACCAGCUCACUGCCGCCGACGGACAGAGAUUCGUCCUGCGCAAGAAGCCCCCGGGCAAGCUCCUCUCCAAAACGGCACACAAGGUCGAGCGCGAGUUCAAGAUCAUCUAUGCCUUGGAACGGACGGACGUCCCGGUCCCCAAGGCCUACUGUCUGUGUGAGGACAGCAGCGUGAUAGGGACGCCGUUCUACAUUAUGGAAUUCUUGGACGGCAGAAUGUUCACGGAUCCUUCGAUUCCGGGCGUGAGUCCCCAGGAAAGAAACGCGCUAUGGCGGGAUGCAGUUCGGACCUUGGGCAAGCUCCAUCGAGUCGACCCCAAGUCGGUGGGCAUGGAGAGUUUUGGCAAGCCUACGGGGUUCUACGACCGGCAGAUUGCGACAUUCACCACCAUCUCCGAGUCGCAGGCGCAGGCGGUGGAUGUCGAUACCAAAGAACCGGUCGGCCCGCUGCCGCACUUCGGGGACAUGGUGCGCUUCUUCUCCAACAAGGCGACGCAGCCGCGCGACCGGGGCACGUUUGUGCACGGCGACUACAAGAUCGACAACAUGGUGUUCCACCGGACGGAGCCGCGGGUCAUCGGCAUCCUGGACUGGGAGAUGGCGACCAUCGGCCAUCCGCUGUCGGACAUCUGCAACCUCACCAGCCCGUACUAUAUCAGCAGCAGCGAGCACAAGACCGAGGCGUUCCGGCCGGGAGCCACGCCGGGGCUGCCGACGCGCGACCAGUGCCUCCGGUGGUACGCCGAGGUGGCGGGAUGGGACCCGGCGCCGGAGAUCGCCUGGGGAGACGCCUUCUUUGCCUUCCGCAGCUCGGUCAUCAUGCAGGGGAUCGCAGCCCGGUACGCGCUGCGACAGGCGAGCAGCGCGCGGGCGAGCGAAUAUGCCAAGAACAUGCGACCUUUUGCACUGGAAGCGUGGGAGCGCGUAAAGCGGGUUCAAGAAGAGUCGCAACGAAGGGGGAAGUUAUAA